AUGGAUUCCUCUCAGCAGAAAAUCAGCUACAAUGCCUUCGCCAUUUUGAAUCGAAAUGGUGACAAUUGGUCACCCGACCAAGCUCCUAUCAUCCGAGGGGCUGUCGAGACCAUUUGUAACCACAUAGAAGGGGUCAACUGUCUGGCAAAGGUGGAGUACGUGAUUGUCACUCAAUAUAUCGCGAAGCUCCAUGAGACUGAACACGCUCUAGCUAACAUGAUUGUGAUGACACGACCCAAGGACCAGAUGUCAAAAGCAGACACCCAGUUUCAAUACUUAAUCACCAUCUUAGCAGACGCAGAGGUUGAGAAAGAGAUGAUCAAGUAG